UCUCCACGGCAACCGCCGAGUGGCGUCUUCACGACCGACCGCUCGCCUGGCGCGCGCUGCUCCGCCACCGUUCGACGCCCCUCCGGCGUCGCAGGACAUGUGACCCUAUUCACAAGCGACCUGUCGCCGAGGUCAGAGAUGGCGCCAAACUCUGAGGAGGAUGGCUCGCGACUUUCCACUGUUCAAGAUGCCGGCUGGAGCCUCGAGGAAGCCAACAAGGAGCAGCUGCGGCCGCCGGUGUACAACCCGGAGGACUACGCGGCGGCGCUGCGCAAGUGGGGGCGCCGCGGCACGGGGGGCGCUGCGUCCGCCAUGCCUGGCGUCGCGGCGCUGGCGGCGGACGGGGGUUCCCCGCGCGACCACCACCGCCGGCACGGCCACAGCCACGGCCACGCGGCCUCGCAGCACCAGCAGCCGCCGCAGCAGCAGCCCGAGAUGAGUCUGCGCCAGUUCAGCAGCGCCUCGGAGCUGCUGGCCAAGCUCAGGGCCGACCUCCGGCUCGCAUACCCUAGCUUCGUGCAGGAGUUCAUCGGAGACCCGCUGGACGGCGUGACGCUGCUGCUGGAGCUGCUGCGCGCCGUGCAGCAGCCGGCGCCGGGGCAGGGCGGCGGCGCGGGUGCGGGCGCCGGGGGCGGCGGGGGCGGCGCCGGGGGCGGGCGGCGCGCGCUGCUGGACGAGCUGGCGUGCCUGCAGUGCCUGCACGCGUGCCUGCGGCUGCCCGACGCCGCGCGCCGCCUCGCCAGGUCGCCCGCCGGCCUCUACACGCUCGCCGUCUGCGUCAUGAGCAACGCCACCAAGUCCAGGGUCAUCGCGCUGCAGCUGCUGACGCGGGCGUGCGAGCCGCCGGGCUGCGGCCACGCGGCCGUGUCCGAGGCGCUGUCGACGCUGCGGCUGCGGCUGGCGGAGCCGGUGCGCUUCCGCCUGCUGGCGGGGAUGCUGGGCAGCGCCGGCGGCUGCCCCGACCUGCCCGCCGCCGGCCUGCGCUUCCUCAACACCCUGCUGGAGACGGCGCCCGGCGAGCAGGCGCGCCUCUACCUGCUCGCCGAGCUCCGCCAGGCCGGCUUCCAGCCGCACGCGCUCGCCCAGGUGCUGCCCGCGGGCUCGGCGGCGGCGCAGCAGCUGCAGGCGGAGCUCUCGCGCUGGCAGCGCAACCAGGUGGACGUGGCGCAGCUGCGCGCCCGGGCCGCCGCCGCCGAGGCAGAGUCACGCGCGCUGCGCGAGCAGGUCGCCAUCCUCGAGCAGCGGGUACAGAUUCUGCAAGAGGAGAAAGGGGUGCUCGUGUCACUGGAGAGGUGCCUGAAAGACCGCUGCUCGGAACUGGAGGCGACAGUGAAGAGGCAGCAGCAGCAGCAACAUCAACAGCAGCGCCAGCAGCAGAAACAGACGGACGCUGGGGGUGGCGGCUCGACGCCCGCCGAGGACGAGGGCAUCAGCUCCUCCGACCAGGAGCACUCGCUGGAGGAGCGCGAGCCCAUGGUGUACGAGCUCUUCCACGUGCACAACGACACCAUCCUCAUGCAGGAGACCAGCGUCGACGACGGCCCCGAGCCCGGCGAAGCCGAGGGCGGAGCCGCGGCCGACGAGGACGAAGAGACGACCAUCGACGAGGUGAUCGAGGAGCUGCGCAACAUCAUCAACGACGCGGAGACGGAGGCGUACGCGGCCGAGGCGGCGGCCGUAGCGAAGGCGGGCAAGCGCAAGGAGGAGCCGCUGUUGAUCGCGGAGGAGAGGCCGCCCGCCGUGGGCUUCACGGUGCGCAUCCAGGCGCUGGAGCGCGAGGCGGAGAUCGUGCCGGCCAGACUGCUGCCGCAGCCGCCGCGCCGCGCCCGCAGCCUGGUGCAGCUGGCGCCGCGCGCGCACGCGCACUACGUCUCCUCCAGCGCCGCCAAGAGCGCCUCCUUCUUCUUCGACGACGAGGACGACGAGGAGUCGCCCGUGCACUCCAGCGAGGAGGAAGACUCCGACUCCCUGCUUAGCAGCGCCGCCAGGGACCACUGCGGCACAAAGAAGUGGACAGUGAGGGAGGCGAAGUCUACGGCGGCGCUGAGGCUGAAGCUGGCGGGCGCGCCGGCCGGCGAGCGGGGCGGCGGCCGGCCGGUGCGGCGCAGCGAGUCCUUCCACCAGGUGCUGGCCGGCGACCCCGAGCGCCGGCAGCGGCUGCAGGGCCGCUGCGGCAGCUUCGACGGCCUCUUCUGCGUCACCGACUCGCCGCGCAGCCGGCCGCGCUCGCCGCCCUCCACCGCCGUGGUGCCCACGCUGGCGCGCAACCGCCACCACUCCAAGAGCCUCGACUGCAUCGACGAGGGCCUGCACGCGCUCGUCGACGUGGUCGUCGCGUCGACGGCCGCCACCGCCGACCGGCGCAGCAGCGGCCGCGGCUCCACCACCGACGAGUGGAGCCUCGAGUGGGACAAGAACUACCUGGCGGUGGCCGGCGCCGGCUCGCCCUCGCUGACCGCGUCGCCGCCCCCGCCGCCCGUCGCCAUCGUGCCGGUGUCGCGCUUCCCGGCCGCCGCCAAGCGCUACCCGCCCGACGGCGCCAGCAAGCCGCCCGUCUACCUGCCCGCCGCCACGCGCAAGAACUCCUUCGACGCGCCCUUCCUGGUGCGCGGCGGACACGGCAACGCGGGCCUCUACUCGGGCCGGCAGGCGCUCUCCAGGGAAGCCAUCGCCAAGCACAGCGCCAGGGCCCGGAGCGCCUCUUCCGCCGGGGCCACGCCGGGCCGCAAGGUGUCCGUCAGCGUCAAGGUCACCGACCUGCCCUCCGGACUCUACUAG